AUAUUUUUAAUCCAAAAUCUUACAAUAUUGGCCCUUUUAGUGCUUGCCGUAAUGUCGAUCGCAAAUAUUGUGAAAAGCUCACUUGGACCAGUAGGAUUAGAUAAAAUGCUUGUUGAUGAUAUCGGGGAUGUUACAAUAUCAAAUGAUGGAGCUACAAUUUUGAAUUUGCUUGAAGUUGAACAUCCUGCUGGACAAGUUCUUGUAGAGCUCGCUCAGCAACAAGAUAAGGAGGUUGGUGAUGGAACUACGUCAGUUGUUAUAAUUGCAGCCGAAUUACUUCGUCGUGCGAAUGAACUUGUAAAAAAUAAAAUUCAUCCAACUACGAUUAUAACUGGUUAUCGAUUGGCGAGUAAAGAAGCAUGUAAAUAUAUUACUGAUCAUCUCAGCACGAAAGUUGAUACAUUGGGACGUGAAUGUUUAGUCAAUGUUGCAAAGACAAGCAUAUCUAGCAAGAUCAUUGGGAUCGAUGAUGAUUUUUUUGCGAAUAUGGCAGUUGAUGCUAUUCAGUCAGUAAAAUCUACAAAUUCACGUGGUGAAGUCAAGUACCCCGUAAAAGCCGUGAAUAUCCUUAAGGCACAUGGUAAAAGUGCACGAGAAUCAAUUCUCGUGAAAGGUUACGCGCUUAACUGUACAGUAGCGGCUCAAGUUCAUAUUACUGUUGAUGAUCCAGAUAAAUUGGAAGAUAUUCAUGACCUUUGCUUGAAACUAUUUGUGGACGCUGGCGCUAUGGCAGUUCGUAGAUGUAAACAAGAGGACCUUAGGAGAAUUGCUAAAGCUACUGGAGAAGAAACAUUCGAUACAUCCUAUCUUGGUUCAGCAGAUGAAGUCGUACAGGAGAGGAUUUCCGAUGAUGAAUGUAUCCUUAUAAAGGGUACUAAAGCUCAAAGUUCAGCUUCAAUCAUAUUACGUGGGGCUAAUGACUAUAUGUUGGAUGAAAUGGAAAGAUCUUUGCAUGACUCAUUAUCGGCUGUCAAAAGGACUUUAGAAAGUGGUAGUGUAGUGCCAGGUGGCGGUGCAGGGUCACGCGAGCAACUGGCUAUUGCGGAGUUUGCCAGUGCACUCCUUUCUAUUCCAAAAACUUUAGCUGUUAAUGCAGCAAAGGAUUCAAUCGACUUAGUUGCAAAAUUGAGAGCAUAUCAUAACGCAUCUCAAAAUGCACCGCCAGAUGAUCCAAAGAAAAACCUUAAAUAUUAUGGUCUUGAGCUCUUUAAAGGAGAAGUUAGAGAUAAUUUACGAGCUGGAGUUUUAGAACCUUCCAUGUCCAAAAUUAAGUCGCUUAA